UCGUGUUUCAUAUUUGUUUGUCUGGCGUCGGGACGGACGUCCACACGGCUCUCAUUGGAAGGCGCGAACCUCGUCCAUCCAUCCAUAAAUCCAUCCAUCCAUAUACGCAUCGCAUUUGUCCAGUCAACAUCACCAUGCAUCAACGGCGUUGAUGCGACGGCGGCAUUCGAAGAAUUCGUAAAGUUCGUGUUCGUGAUUGAUCGCUUUCGCUGCGGCGGUGCAUUUUCAUUUUCGAACGCGCUUGCAGAAAGUUUGAAUAUCCGUUGAAAUGUCAGAGGAAGAAGGUCAAAGGGCGGACGCCGGCAAUGACCUGGUUGGACCGAAGGGAAAACCGAAGAUCAUCAGGGUGCUAACAGUUCUUGCGUACGCGCUAAGCGUCUCCAUGGCUGCGAUUCUUCUCUCCAUUUACUACGUCUUCGUAUGGGACGGUCAUCCGACAUUGGCGCGAAAAGGUCCUGUCUCGAGUCCUCUGCAGUCCAACAAUAUGGAAAUAUACGUGGAUAUGAUUAAAGAAAACAGCUAUUUUCGGAAUAACGCAAGUGAAAUUGCCGCAAAUCUGUCCAUCGCCGAUGGAUACGUUAAUGAGACGAUCCGUUCGAAGGACGAUGGCAUGUCCAAUCUGGAUAACGAAUGUCUCGGCUGCCGUGCAAACAUCACGGACGCGCCAGGAACGAAUGACACAGGGAUAACAAAUCCCGUUGACGUCGAUCAUCAUGAACAUCUACAACGCAUCAUUGAAAUUGACGUGACAAAAG